AUGAGAGAUACUCGAGAUGGCGAAGCAGUGCGAGGCGGUACUGUCGCCGUUUUCGCCGUUGUCGCCAGUCCUUUCGUUGAUACCGUCGUCAAAGAACCCUCGCACAACUUGGAUUAUAGGAAGGUUGACGACCUGGACGACCAUCAUUCUAGCUCGAACGUUCCCUCUCUUCAAUUAUCCCAUCUCGCCGUCGACGUCAAACCCCACAAGCUAAUAUUAACUCUGCUCGAGGUUUCACCCCGUUCGCCAGCGCUGUUUUAG